AGGAGGAGUAUGAACCCACCACCGACGGCGGCGACCACACGGGGGGUGACGGCGUCGGGGAGGCUGACGGCAGCGGCAACCCGGCUGCUAAGAAGAAGAAGAAGCCGCGGAAGGAUCGGAAGCCGACGGUGCUCGCCAACACCACCAGCGAGAUCACAUUGGUCUCCGAAAGUGGGCAACCACAGGAGCCGGAGGCUGUUGCCGCUGGGUACGGCAUGCAACUCGGGUGCAUUGUCCGGGAAAGCAUGUCGAUCAACACGGUGAAAAUCCGAGGUGAAGGCAAUGAGCAUUUGGUCGAGCUCUGCCUUCAGAAGCUUCACCGACGGUACAAGUUCCCGGCGCCAUACAAUAACUUGGAAAGAUCCAACCCGGUGAAUAAAUUGGCCAUCACGAAGAUGAGCAACGCCCUGAGCAGGUGGAAAAGCCGGGUGAAGGCCAAGAUCGACAAAGGUGAAAGCUUUGAGAGUAUUAAGAAGGGUGAGCCGAUGCUCGAUGAAGCAGAGUUCCAGAUAUUCAAGGAGCGGCUGGAUAGCGACGAUGCGAAAGCAUGGACGGAGUGGGGUAGACAAAUGCAUGAGCUCAACUUAGGAGCACAUCACCUUGGAAGCGGCGGUUAUAGAGGAAAGAUUCCCAUUUGGGAAAAGGAGGACGAAGAACUUGCACGUGCUGGGAAACCGAACCCAUGGUUGAAAAUUACGGACCUGCAGGUGAGGUACUUUGUCCGGGCCCGCUACACUCUGGACAGGAAUACAAUGGAAUUCGUUACCGAGCAUAAGGACGUGAGGAAGUUCGAGGAAAAGCUGGUAAGGGAAUUUACUCGCGCGGUCCAUUGCUGCACAUAUUACAUAUAUGACGUGAAUGCAAUGCCCUAAAUGUGUUCACCCUAUCCUUGUCUGCAGAACGAGCAGUUGGCGAAGGCCGAUCUCCCCGAGGCCGAAUCGUCGUCCCAGGGCUCGACGGAGCCGUGGGACACGCCUUUCAACAGGGCGUUGAAUAUCCUCAAGGAGAGGCCAGUAUCCAAGCCGCCGACGUCGGCUGGACGUGUCUGCGGCUUUGGUACAAGCAUGAAGUUUCGCGAGUACUACAAAGAGGAAAACAGCAAGAAGAGAAGGAGGAGCGCGAUGUCAGAAGAGGAUAAAGCCGAGGUGGAAGAGCUGAGGAAGAAGGUCUCCAUGCUCGAGGAAAAACAGGCAAACUCGAUGGACAAAGAUGAGGUGGACAAGCUUUUCGAGAAGAAGCUCCGCGAUUUCCUGCCCCCUCAGGUCAUCGAGGGGAUAGCUGCGUGGAAUGCGGCCGGUCAGGUGGGGUCGAUAAAAGUGCCUAGCGCCGGGGCCAGCAACUCGAUCUUCAACGCGUCGCCAUCUCCGGAUCUGGUUACCCCGCCGCCCACCAUCGCCGCGGGGCAGCCGAUGGAGUUGGAUGAACCGGUGCCCCCCGCUGAUCCUGCCGAGGCUACCAAGGCGCAGCCGGCGGCGGCGGUGCUUCAUAAUGCACCCGAGCCCCCGAAGAUUGAUAGGCCGGCCGCCACUGUCUCCACAUUAGCACAGCUCAACGCCAUCACCAAGGUACUUAACUAAUUAGUUAUUCCAUGCCAUCUCCUUCAUGCGUUUUGAUACCCGGCUAUCUAAUUAAUGAUGCCCAACAUUACUCAGGACACUCCUUGCGUGCUCCUUCACUGCGCGCCCGGCGGCGAGUUGAAGGAUGUUGCCACGGGAAUGAUCAUACAACCGAAGAGCACCACGUUGCACACCGUGGCUAUGGACGCCAACGUCCUGAAGGUCACUUUGGGUCGGGUGUUGCCGGGGUGCGAAGACAUGGACCCCCCAAUACAGCCCGAGGGAGCCGACGAGCACCUGACGCUUGAGAACUGCCAUGGCUAUACCAUGGUAUGGCCAAAGACCCAGAUCCGUCUUGGGGGUCGCUCCACCGGCGCCUCCUCGAUCAUCCGGCAGCCGAUCGUCCGGCCGCCUGCUCGGAGGGCAGCUCCUCCCGUCGUCACCGCCACAACAAGCCGCCACAAGAAACUGCUGGGAGAGUCUCUGCCUCAACCGCCACCGGCGGAGCCUAAAGGCAAGGCCGCUGCACCGCUAUCGCCCAUCCCAUCACCCAAUGAAGAUGACAUCGAUGAUGAUGGGCCGGUAGACGUCGAUGCCUACCUCAACACCGGCGCCGACAUAGAUGAUUUGUACAUGGCGGGCGCGGAUGAAGAAGCAUACCGCGUUCGCGACGAACCAGCUGGCCCACCCAAGGCAACCAAACAGCGCCUGGUGUUCCGCGGCUUCUCUCAAGAGACGCCUCCGGCAGCCGAUACACAAGAGCCAACCGCCGCAAACAUCUUCAGCCCCAAUACGCUGAUCAACAAGGUCAACGAGCAGUUUGAAGCGUCGGGGCCCGUUGCUCCGAAGAAGCCCCGUAAAAGACCUAGUAAGAACAAGGAGAAGUCUGCGAGCCAGCCACCUCCGACGAUCCGUCAUCGGGACUCCAUGGUACCUCCCAGCAAGGAUGGCUUGACCAGAAUGCAUGAAGCUGGCAAACCAAUACUGGGUCCGGAGCUGCUACACCUUGCUUCCGGAGCUAUGCUGCCUCUGCAGGACAGUAUCCUGGUCCUAGAGAGUAUCCUUCUUAAGGACAAAGAUCCAAAUUACCCGGUCUUCACGGUCAGGGUGCCAAGAGAUGUGGGCUUCGUCACUGAUGUCCCCGCGGAUAUAUUCUUUAUAGCGUACGAGGACAUCUUCAAGCUAUUCCACGCGAGAAGGCUGGACUAUAACUUGGUCCGCCUAUUCGCGCUCAAUCUGGCGAUGAAGAUCAAGAGAGAGAGUAUCCCGGACGUCGCGAUAGCGGAUCCUUACUACAUGCGUGAAAGCCAGUUGAACUUAUCAGCGGUGCGGGUACGGGCUUCGUUGUACCUACAGAAGUGCUUCUUGGACAACAAGAGGAAGGACAACAUCCUCUUGGCUUACUUUCCCGAAGACACGCACUGCGUACUCAUCUCCAUUGCCCCGAAGUUUUCUCUUGCCACCUAUUUCGACUCGGGGAGUGCGAAAAAGAAGAACUACGCCAGAAUAAGGGGUGUGCUAGAUGAUGCUCUCGAGGGCUACUUCAAAAAGGGAGGCGCCUUCAAAGAAAAGGCGGAAUGUUUCAGGGAUGAUGGUAAACACAAGUUCAAGCACGUGUUCGAGUUCCCCUGUGUCAAGCAGCCGGAAAACAGCACUCUGGACGCCUUCUAUGUCAUGCAUCACCUAAAAGGGUUUGUCCGGGAUAGCCAGAACUUGCGUUUACCAUCUGCUCUCCGAGGAUGGGCCAAAAAGUUGGCGCGGAUCAACGAUGAUGACCUCAGAGAAGACCUCCAGGAUACCAGGGUCAAGUUAUCACAUAUCAUCACUCAAGACGUCACCACAGGGGGAGGGCCCUUGCACCAGGGUAGAGCGUUAUGCAAGAGGGACAUCGAGCAACGCCUCAAAGCGCAGGGUGACACGAGGACGUGGAUUACAAAAGAUCUGUACAAGCCGUUCCCGGAGCCCUGCGAGCCUUGA